AUGCCGGACUUGGAGAUCCAAGUUUCUCCCGAGACCGAAGCGGCACUGAAGACCAACCUCACCCUACGAUGCGUCGUUACUGCCGCAAUCCAGAAAAUUGGACAACAAACGGCGGGCUUUAGUGUACAGCUGAUCGUGAUCCAAAUGGUCGGCGUUCGACGCAUUGUGGAUAUCUGCUACGAUCUCUUCCUAGACGAGUGCGAUCCGGGACUUCGAGCUGAGAUUUCCGGGAAGUUCGACGAGAAGUGCCCAAUCCAUUUCAUUACCCGGAAGCAUAAGGUCUUUCUUAUGCGGAGGGAUCCGCGGGUGGACGCACAGGCGUUUGAGCAAUACCUGCAGUUGAGCAGCAGUGACAAAGGACCGUGGCCCUUGUUUUAUGAUAUGCGACACCCGCCUUUUUACGAAGGAGGGAGGCGUCUGAUAGAAUAUGAGGAGUUGACGAGUAGCUCUCCCACCUGGAGACCCUGGCAUUUACCACAAAUGCAGGGAGAAUAUGUUCAAGAAAGUACGACAGAGGACGAUGAGCUUGGCCAAGCAGAAAUCCCACACUAG